AUUCGCAAAAGUCACACAACAAAUAGAACGUGAUCCGUACAAAUUGCCGAAAUUUUCUAUUAAAUCCCACGAAUUUCCGUGAAAUUCGAUGCGCCAAGCGUGAAAAGACUGCCAAAGAUGUCGAUCGAGUACGAAUGUAGUGAUUUUUUGCAGUUUCAAGAGUACCUCAAGAAGUUGCGAGAUGUGGACGAUAAGCUCGUGUAUGCCCUGAAUGUCUCGAUACCGACACAAUCGUUCAAAGGUCAGGAGAACCCAGAAGCGAAUUGCAAAGAUUUGUACCAGAAACUGCGACAAGGAUACGAUUACAGACAACAAGCCAUCAAAAAGUGCAUCGUGGCGCAGGCGAAUCAGGUAAAAGUGCUCAAAGAUGCGCGCGACAAGCAAAAUGACGCGGAUUCCUUCGACAUGCAACUCGACAAAAAUUUUAAGGCUGAACAGAGAAAGCUCCGACUUUUGCAAGCUGAGUUAAACGUGGAAGACAUUCUCCGAGAAAAAUCCUUCAAGAUGUUCAACGAGAGAUGUCGAACCUUCUUCAAGGCAGACAAAUUGUGACCUCGACUCAUUCACUAUGACUACUCGCAAUUGGGUAAUAGUUAAUAGAUUACUUAACAAAUCAGUGCAUUACAAAAAGUUAGUUACAAAAGUCGUUAAAUGCGGAUAGUUUUCUCAGAGAAAAAAUGCAAUGUUAGAAUAUUCAAAUUUUUUUGUUGGUAAAAUAGAAAACUGUUUUUAAAAGGAAGAAAAUGUGCGGAAAAUUAACAUUUUCUUUUUUGUAGUCAUUUAGUAAGUACAAUAUACACAAAUAACACUUGUUGAUAUUAUU